ACGUCUGUGUUGGCUUGUGUAAUCUGUCUUGCUCAGACACAGAGUCUGAACCUGCUGAACAAUGGGAGACAACGUUAUUCUAGUUGCUGUUAUUACCCUGCUUUCUGCGUGUCAGCAAGGGUACUAUGCCAGGCUUGUGGGGAGAUCUAGAAUGAAACACAAGAUCAUGCCUCCAGCAAUCACAGGGCCUCCAGAAUUUGAGAGGACAUUCCGUGCACAGCAAAACUGUGUAGAGUUCUAUCCAAUAUUCCUGGCUCUUCUUUGGACAGCCGGAACAUACUUUUAUCAAGAAGUGGCUGCAGCUAUUGGAUUGCUGUACAUCUUUGCACGUCACACCUACUUUAAGGGCUAUGUAGCAUCUGCUCAGGGCAGGAUCCCUGGAUUUUACCUCAGCCUGAUCGCAAUAGCCCUGUUACUUCUCGUGGCUAGCCUAGGAAUUACAAAUGGUCUUCUUAAGCAUUACCUGGAUACAAAUAUGUUUAAAAAGCUGGAUCAUAUGUUCUAACCACAUACAAGCUGUUUAUAGUGUGUUCAAAAAUAUAUAUGAGUAUGAAAUCAU